AUGAACGAUGGUACUACUUCGAAAGUUGAGCCGCUUAAAAAGGGCAGGUUCUUCGAUAUGAAGCAUUCCAAUAACGCGGCUCGUAUCCGGUUGUGGAUUCGAUUGAAGAAUCUGGAGGAAUCCAUCGAUAACAUCAUGUUGACUCACGCUGAUAUUGAGGCUCCAGGCUACAAAGAUAUCAACCCGCUUGGCAAGGUUCCUGCUUUCAUUACCGAUACAGGGAUCCAUCUUUUUGAAGGGUCCGUAAUCCUUCAAUAUCUGGAGGACAAAUUUGAGGGCUGUACACCAAAACUUGUUCUCGACACUCCAGAAGACAAAGCCAUAUGCAACUUGAUUGUUCGAUGCCACGACCUUUACAUUGCUUCUCCGAAUUGCACACAGCCUAACUUUUCCCACAUCCAAGGAUGUAUGUAUCUUGGCUCAAAGCCAAGUGCUUUCACUCCAGCAAGUCGAACCAUGACAACUGAUGUUCGAGCAGCAAAGUUGGCCGAGUUGUAUCAGCAGCUCAUAUGGUUGGAGGGCAUUGCACAACAACCUUUUUUGGUCGGAGAAAGAAUCACUCAUGCAGACAUCAAUUGGUUUCCAACAGCUGUCUUCAUGGAACUGUUACUACCACGGGUUUUCGACUGGACACCUGUAUUUCAUGAGACGGAAAUAAACAAAGACUUCAAAAGGCUUGGGCGGUGGUUCCAGCGCUGCAUGAAGGAAGAGCACUUUGCAAAGACAAGGGAAGAAAUUCGAGGAACGCUAAUAAUGCAUGGAGAGAAUGGACGGUUUGAUGAUGUGAAGGAGGAGGCUGCUGCAAACCCACAAUACAAAUGGAAAUAUACAUGA